GCUUAUAAAUGCCUGUUUAAUCGCCACGAUUUUUUCAGUGGUUAACCUCACUUUUUAAGACAAUUUUAUAAAAAAUAGUGCCGAAAUGUUUUGCAAGAAUCAAAUUCUACCAAAACUAUCCCCAAUAAUAACAUUAUCUAAAAGAAACUUCCACAUUACGCAACCAUGCAAUGAAAUUCGGCUUUUAUCAAGACUCAGAGUUGUUGAUAACAGUGAAAUAGGUAAAAGGGCUAUGGCUGAGGGUAAACCUCCAAGAUGUAUUCAUGUUUAUAAUAAAACUGGAGUAGGAUUAAUAGGAGACAAAGUGUUGAUGGCAAUUAAAGGUGAAAAGAAAAAAGGAAUUCUAGUUGGACUGAAACAAAACCAGAAACCUAAAGUACCGAAAUUUGAUAGUAAUAAUGUGGUUUUGAUCGAUGACAAUGGGACUCCUUUAGGGACAAGGAUUCAUGUACCAAUACCCACAGUUUUAAGAACCAUCUUAAAGGAAAAGACGUUUUCCAAAGGUGCUGAUUAUACUAAAUUAUUGGGAAUAGCAUCAAAAUUUGUAUAAUUUAUUAAUUUCUUAGAAGUAACAAAUGUUUAACUUUAAAUAAAUAACUGAAAUAAGCUGCUGAUUCUUAACAAAGAACACAAUUGGUUCUUCCACUUUUUGUUGCCACAAGCAAUUACAAAAUUAUUAAAAAUACAACAUAUAUUUAACAACUUUGUAGCAAACACUAUGAAUGUUUUUUUGUGCUUUUUAUCGAUUUUUUGUUUUGUCUAAUUUUUCUACAAGGUGUUUAAUUGGUUGCAUAC